AUGGCGUCGUCAGCGUCUCUCAAGGACCUGUCCAAAGCCUUGACGUUCUUCUUUGCUUCGCCUUCCCUCCCGCUACCCGACGAUGUCGCCCAAGUCAUCGAUGCCUACCUGAACAAGCACGAGAAAUACGAUGAUUCGAGUGCCGAGAGACUACAAGAUGACUUCCUCGGCAUCUGGGACAAGCAUGUCAAGGGCGCACCACCCAAGUAUGCCGCCUUCAUCCACGUCUUCCGACUCCUGGUACCUGCGAUCCGUACACCGGCCCGCCUUCUCAAGUGGUGGGAUCUACUCAACGACCCGAUCCUGGAGAACUUUACUCGGGAGAAGGGCUUGAUGGAAGAGUCUCACCAUGCGACGCUAGAGGUUCUGAUGCUGGACGCGCACGAAGAAGACGAUUCAAAUGAAGAGCGAGUUGUGAAUCCUUUCGCCAAGAGGCUAUUGUCAUCAUGGCUAGAAAAAUACUACAAGAUACAGUCUGAAAGUGACUUGACUGUACAAUCCAGCGAGCGCGCAAUACGCCAGGCCUUGAUUACGUAUGGCAGGAGGAAGCCCAAGGAUUUCCUUUUCACCUUGGAUACGUGCUUCGUGCGGAGUGAAUUCCGCGCGAGGGCGGCCAAACUGCUGUGCGAAUUUGUCCAGAGCCAACCACCACACCUACACCUGAUACUGCAGACGCCGCUGUUCAAUAAUCUGCUGCGAUGCCUGCAACAAGACACAUCGACUACUGCCAUUUCGAUGGCCAUUACCGCCCUCAUCAUGAUAUUGCCACAUAUGCCCAGCUCCCUGGUGCCACAUCUCCCCAAUCUGUUCAACAUCUAUGCGCGGUUGCUCUUCUGGGACAGCGAACGGACGGGUAUCAUCGAGGCAACAUCAGAUGAAAGCGAGCAAAAGAGCCUUGCUUCGCCUUCAGGGUGGGAAACAUGCCAGUACUCUCCUGAGACCGACGACAUCGAGGUUCCUCACCUCGCCAACUACUUUACCGUUCUCUACGGCUUGUAUCCCAUCAAUUUCAUGGACUAUAUCCGGAAGCCGCAGCGUUAUCUUCGGCAUGCUAACGCGGCUAAUGCGGAUGAGGUGGAAGUUCAACCAACAGAGAUUAGGUACAAGUCUGAGCGGUACAGGCAAAACCAUCUUCUGCAUCCCAACUUCUAUACUCUUACAAUCGAGUCUGAAAAGACUGAUUUUGGGCGAUGGAUGACGAGCGAACCAGCAGAAGUCGUGGCCGAGUGCAUGGCGCUGCGGUUUUCGCCAGAAGGCUUCGCGGCUGUCGAGCCGGACAGUAUGCAGUCUGCUGAAGGCGACAUCUCCCUUCUCAGUGAUGAAUCUGAUCGAGACGGUCUCGGGCCCGCCUUGCUCAGCGGAUCCAGCUUGGAACCUGGCGCCGAGAGCUGGAGAAGCAACCGAGAUCUCGACCAAAACUCGAGAGCAAGCAGCCGUGAUAUGAUCCAAUCGAACAAAGCUAUCAAGUCAGGACUUCAUCAGUCUUUGGCUAAUGACAGUGUGCCAUCACUCGCGUUGAGCCAUCCAGACUCGGCAGCAGAGAAGGCUCCAACUGGGCACAUGCCUCCAUCUCUGCCAGUCAUUUCUACACCGACGUCUGUUGCUGAAGGACAAUCUCAAGUUGCACAUUUGCAGAGGCAGAUUCUGCUACUCCACAAUGAUUUGAACUUUGAAAGGUAUCUCAAGCAGCAACACAUGGCGCAUAUCGGCGAGUUGCGCCGCAAACAAGUUCGGGAAGCUGCAAGUGAAGCCGAAACCCAAAAUCUUAUCUUGACGAACCGGACGCUGAGGAAGCGAUUGGAAGACUCAAAGAAGGCCGAGAAUCAAAUCAGGAAAGAAUCGGAAAAGAGCCGAACGUUGGCCAAGAAGUGGGAGUCCGACUUGUCCGCAAAACUGCGAACUCUGCGUGAGGAGUCGAGGAAGACCAAGACAGAAAUUCAGUCUCUUCAGCAAGAGCUGCAGGGUGCACGCGAAGAGAGCGAGAAACUUAAGAAGCUGGUGUGCGACGCCGAGGUCAAGGAGCUAAACUCGAAGCAGACCAUGCAGUCCGUCGAAAUCAAUGCUGCCGAGAAUGACCGCUUGAAGGCUGAUGUAGAGCGGCUGUCGAUCUCUGAAAGAAACCUGCAAGCCAAGGAGGCAGAAAGACAGGCGGCAAUCACAACUGCUGCGGAAGCGGAAAACCGAGCCGAGAUCCUGGAAUUGAAGCUUCAAGCGCGCGAGGGCGAGCUUCAAAAGACGAAGAAGCUCUUCCAGACGCAGAUUGGUGUGCUAAACUCGAAACUCUUGGAGGCGCAUGAAGGCAUUCAUAGCAGAAGGAAUGCCGAAACCAAGGCGGCAGUCGAAACCGCGCUGGCUGCGAGUCGGGCGAAGCAGGCUGAGCUUCAAAAGCAAUACACGAGCCUGAUGAGGAAGUACACGGUGCUGCAGUCGCAACUAGAGGAGAACCGGUUCUCGGUAGGAUCUUCGAACUCUCACGGCCGGGGUGAUUUCGUCUUCCGCAUGGACGGUGACGGAGAAGGUUCGACGCACUCGAGCAGUCCGGUCACGACGAGAGGUAGUCACUCGGGGAUCCACAGGGUCUUAUCAGAGCACGACUUCCUCAACCCGACGUCGUACAAUGCGACACCGCCGAUCAUGUCGAAGCCGUCGACUCCGGUCCCCUCGAGCGCUCAUCUCCCGCCCGUACCUUCCAGUCCAAUUGAGACGGACGAGGCCAUUAGCCCGACCACGACAGAUCCGAGAUAUUUCGGCAGAGGUGGAGUACAGAACCGACGGAAAGAUGAAAAGGGGAAGAAGAAGGAGGAGGGUGGCAGUGGCAGUGGCAGUGGUGGGAGUGGAGGUGGCGGCGGCAGCGGCAGCGGCGACAAGAAGGAGAAAAAGUCGGGUGUGAUACGGGGUAUACGUGGAUACAUGUGA